CGCACAGGGGGCAGAGGGAAAGUCAUCCACGGACGCCCCUCUCCGGUGUGUAGUGUCGAAGGAUUCCCACGCGCAACACGGACGGCGACGCGGUCACCUCGACGCGGUGAAGCCUCCUCACCCCACCAGCCCCCUGCUCGGAAGUUGGCUGUUACUUUUAAAACAACACAGAGAAGAGCGGUGAAGUCCUGGAGCUCUGACCUGAGAGCCUGUAACAGACAUGUCGGGACACCGGGUGCAAUUCGCGGACCUUCCUCCGAGUGAUCAUAAAGGAAGUCCCAAAUCUCACAAACAAACCAAAAGCAACCUAAAGGUAACGUCCCCAGAGGACGCUGAGCACAUAAGCCGCAGACAGGCGUCCCCAAAUGGGACUGCCCCUUCAAGAGGGGACGCCAAAGGCAGCCGCACAAUCCCCCGAAGGCACACUUUAGGAGGAGCUCGCAGCACCAGAGAGAUUCUGGCUAUGCAGCCGCCAGAUAUGGACAAGAAGAGGGAGGCCUUUCUGGAGCAUCUGAAGCAAAAAUACCCCCACCAUGCUUCGGCGAUCAUGGGUCACCAGGAAAGGCUGAGGGAACAGAGCAGAAGCCCAAAGCACGGCGCCAGCACCCAGCACAGUAUCGGCGACCAGGUCGACCACCUGUCCUUAGCCUCCCUGGAAUCAUUGGACACCAUGUCUGAGGCUGAAGCGCCCACAAACUUCACCCGUGGCAGCCGGGUUCGUGCCAGCCUGCCUGUUGUGCGAUCGGCCAAUCAGACAAAGGACCGCUCACUAGGUGUGCUGUACCUGCAGUACGGAGACGAGACCAAACAGAUUCGCAUGCCCAAUGAGAUCACCAGCAUCGACACAAUCAGAGCUCUCUUUGUCAGUGCCUUCCCGCAGCAGCUCAACAUGAAGAUGUUGGAGUCACCCAGUGUUGCCGUGUACGUCAAAGACGACAUGAGGAACGUGUAUUACGAACUUGCUGAUGUCAGGAACAUCACAGACCACUCCUGCCUGAAGGUUUACCACAAAGAUCCAGCACAGGCAUUCAACCAUGGACCCCGACCUACCAAUGGCGAUGUCAGGAUGCACAGUGACAUGGCACUUGCCGGCCGUGAUGGCCAGCCCCCUCUAAGGCAUCCUCCCAUGGUUCCCCCGUCCCACCACCCAAUGCAAGCAGCACUCCCCCCAACGCCCCACUCUAUGCCUCCAUCCCCCUCCAGAAUCCCAUUUGGCCCACGGCAGGGCUCUUUACCUGGGAGCGCCACCAUCCCAAGGGACAGAAUCUCCAAUGCCAACCCACCGGCCCGCUCUAACUCUCCUUGUCCCAGCGCCAUCCUAGAGAGACGAGAUGUCAAGCCAGAUGAGGAUUUGGCUGGAAAGAGCCACACUCUUUCUAGAGGGAAUGAGGGCUUGUACGCAGAUCCAUACCUCCUCCAAGAGGGACGAAUGGGCAUUGCUGCAGCCCAUGGACCACACCCCAGCCCUGGCCUUGAUGGUCCAGAGCAUGCCAUGGGGGGAUUUCACCGUGCCUCCAUCCGCUCCACAAGUUCUUAUGGUGGACCUAGCCCUACAGACACUAUAGAUCACCCCUCUCUGUACAGGCAGAAGUCCAGAAACAGCCAGCUGCCGACUUUGGGUUCUAAGACACCUCCGCCGUCCCCUCAUCGGAUGACUGAGGUACGAAUGAUUGACAUCCAUGGUGGACCUCCUCAUGGCAUGCCAUCUCAUAGUGUUACCAUGGAGAGAAGCUCGCCUGUGCGCCAGUCCUUCAGGAAGGAAGAAGUAACGGGGACAAAGCCACGGAACAGCAUGGGCUCACCUGUGGUUCCAGACCUCCAGGGGCCAAUCCCAGCUGCCAGUGACCAUCAGACACGAGAACGAAUGAAGGCUAUGGAACAACAGAUUGCCAGCUUGACUGGUCUUGUUCAGCAUGCACUUUUAAAGGGCCCAAACACUAGUGGCACCAAGGAGCCUCUAAGCGAGAGACCCCCGAAGACAUCAUCUCCAGCCCACAGUGCUCAUAGUUCAGGUGGUUCUCCGGUCUUGUCUCCCAAGAACAGUGCAAGCCCACCAGACAAGGGCUCAGUUCCACUCAAAGUAAACCUCCUGCAGUUCAGGAAGAAUGUUUCUGACCUCAGGAUGCAACUGCAUCAGAUGAGGCAGCUGCAGCUCCAGAAUCAGGAGGCAUUACGGGUGCAGCUGAAGCGGGCAGAGCAGGAAAUCAGUAAUAAACUUGCAGAAGCAAUGCGGCGUAUGGAGGACCCCGUUCAGCGACAGAGAGCUGUGGUAGAAGAGGACAGGCACAAGUACUUGGGUCUGGAGGAGCGUGUCCUCACACAGCUCAGCGAGCUGGAACAGUAUGUAGGUUCUCUGCAGAAUGACUCAGCCACAACACACAGAGCAGUGACCCUAAAAGAUGUGGAAGAGGGAGCGGUAACCCUGAGGAAGGUGGGAGAAUCUCUGGCAGGGCUUAAAGGAGAGUUCCCAGCCCUUCAGGCCAGAAUGCGGGCUGUGCUCAGGGUGGAAGUAGAAGCUGUCAAGUUUUUGAAAGAAGAGCCCCACAAAUUGGACAGUAUGCUGAAAAGGGUGAAGAGCUUGACCGACACACUCAGCAGCCUGAGAAGGUGUGCUACUGAGUUUUCUCAGAAAGGGCCUGAGCUUUCCAGUAAUGCCACAGUGGACAACAGCCCCGCAGUAGCAGUAGACACCCCUGCAGAUGUUUCUCCAGCACCAGGCCAACCUGACUCAACCUCAGCCCCACUAGAGCCUCAGAGCUCCACCAUCAAAUCCGAGGUGAUGCCUUCAUCCCCGGUGGUCAUCCAUCAUGUCCAGAGCUCCCCGGUCCACAUUCAGCAGUCCCAGCAAUCUGCGGCUUUGACAUCUCAACCUAGUCCCCCAGCCACACCUAGCCCCACUCAUAUCUCCAGUCCCAACCUUAGCAAGAGUCAAGACCGUGAGGCUCCCAAAGCGGUUGACACAGAUCCACCGAGUCCCACCCGCUACAAAAAGACUCAUGGGAACAGUAAUGGAACAGCCAGCCAGGAUCUUGUGAUAGAAGAGCUUCAGAGCAGUAAGGAAAAGAACAAAAGCAGAGCUGUUUCCAUAAAGGCGGCAGAGAAAGAGUGGGAAGAGAGGAGGCAGAAUAUGGGUCAUUAUGAUGGAAAAGAGUUUGAGAAGAUCCUACAAGAGGCUCAGGCAAACAUGAUGAAGGGAAUUCCAAGUCUAGAAGUAGAAGAGAACACAGCACUGCCUGCUGCUGGUAUUGUAGAAGAAGACAUUCACAACCCUGUUGAGCUACCAUCAGAAGAGCCCCAGUCAGGCCCGCAAUCAGACAAACCAGCAAAGAAGGGGUCCGAGAAACUCCCUAAGCCUCUGGUGGAGAAAUCUGCCAAGCCAGCACUAGAGAAACUCUCCAAAACUGCCAUCAAGCCAGCAACCACUGAAAGCUUGGCAAAACAGGGGUCUGAAAAGCCGAACAAGUCCCCACCACCGCCUCCGCCAAGGAAAACCUACCCCAGCUCCAGCUCAGGCAUGACCACUACACGCUCUGGUGAGGUUGUCUACACCAACAGGAAGGAGUCUGUCUCGACUCAGGAGGGCGAAGAGGAGGCCCCACCUCCCUCUCCCCAACCCAAGCCCACCAAGGUUGCGCCGGAGACCAAGCCGAAGCCAGCCACUCCUCCCCUGGUUACGAGAGAAGAGGAAGAUGAAGGGGACAAGAUCAUGGCAGAGCUCCAGGUUUUCCAGAAGUGCACAGUUAAGGAUGUAGGGGUGAAAAAUUUGGUAGAGCCCACCGCUCGAAUUGAACCACAAAUCAGAGAGCUAAGACCGGGGGCUUUAUUACCCCUCAAAGAGAAAAAGCAGAGCUCAGAGCCCAGUCGAGAGGAUAAAGAUCCAGACACAGAUGAAAAUGGGAAUACAACUGUUCGACAGAGCCAAGGGGUCAUAUAUUAUGUGACGGGCCAGAUUCCCAAAGAUCAUUCACCCCCAUCGCGACUGGAAGACACCAACGACCAUCACAGAGAGUCCCCACAGUCUCCAACACAGGUGUCAAAUGUCAAUGUUAAUGACAUUUCUCCAAGCCAGCAGCAGCAACAACAGCAGCGGCCACCACUGUCUCCAACACCCAAAUCACCCCCACCUAUAUCACCUAAACCUGUGGGACUUAAUGCGUUUAAACUGCCAAAGAAGCAUGUUAAACGCUCUGAAUCCUUGAAGACCAGUGCAGAAAUGCAGAAGGGAAAGAUCCUUAAAGUUCAUACUGAAAAGAAAAGUAAGAUUGUCCAGGAGCCUGUUUCGUCUAGUAAGAAUAUAGUAACUGACCCAGUGGCGACCACAAAAACAGGUGCUGUUAAAGCAGCACCUAAACGGUAUGGUGCUUCAUCCAAAAAGACUUCUGACGAGGACAGCAGUCAUCCUAAAAACACUAUUGAUGAUCUUGAUGGGGGUGCUAGUCUCAGUCCUGACUUGCCUGGAGAAGAGGCACCUCCACCCCCAGACAACAUUGCAUUUAUGAUCACCAACACCAAGGUUCAGCCACUGUCUUGUGGAGAGUACCAAGAACUGGUCAAUGCCAAAAAAGGAAGUGUGCAGACUGUUACUGUAGGCAAUGCAGCAAAUCGAGGAAACACCACAGUUGAUCCUUCAGUGCCGCAGGAUAACGGCUUCAACAAGAAGCCUGUCAUCAUCAUCUUUGAUGAGCCGAUGGAUAUCCGUUCAGCUUACAAGCGCCUUUCUACCAUCUUUGAAUGCGAGGAGGAACUGGAGAGGAUGCUUGCAGAAGAGCGCAUUGAUGAGGAGAGUGAGGAAUCCGACACAGAGAGAAGUAGUGGGCUGCCGGUCAUCGCAGAAGGGGCUGAGAUGGUUGGUGGCAAAAAAAUCAGCAGCUCACAGGGAGCUACAGAUCAUGCCAGCCUAUCAUCUUCAUCCUCUUCUUCGAUAUCUGAACUAACAGACAACGGGGUAAACUUAGAUUCAAAUGGAGACUCCAAGGAUGGGAAGAAGAAAUUCAAGUUCAAGUUCCCUAAGAAACAGCUGGCAGCACUGACUCAGGCCAUUCGCACAGGCACCAAGUCAGGCAAGAAGACGCUACAGGUGGUUGUGUAUGAAGAUGAAGAAGAAUCCGAUGGUACAAUCAGGCAGCACAAAGAAGCGAAGAGAUAUGAGAUUACGCGCUCAAAAUCCUUUGCAGAUACUCCCAGGGGAACAGACACUGCCCCGCUGAAAAAGCAGAACUCCGAAGCUCUCGGCAGGACGGAUGAGAUUCGGAAGAACACCUACAAGACGCUAGACAGCCUGGAGCAGACCAUCAAGCAGCUAGAGACCACGAUUAGUGAGAUGGGACCACGCUCCCCUGAUGAGUCGGUUAACACUGAGGAAGCAAAUACAGGGAAUGGAAAAAUCUCAGUCGGAGUAGGGCUGAAGAGGGCGUCCUCUCUGCCUACCUCCAAAGGGUCUGGCCCUAAGGUACCUAGCAAAAAUUCACUGCAGAAGAAGCCUAAACCUCAGCUCCUUCCACGCCCUGUAAUCAACCCUUCUACCACCACCAACACCAACACUGUCCCCAGUGUCCCCAGCACCGUACAACAGAAUACCAGUGUCGCUUCCCCUACUAGUCGGAUGCCCGUCCCUUUAUCUGCGAAGUCCAGGCAGUCACCGGGUACAACUGACAAAGCAGGAAAACAGCAAAAACUGCAGGACGCUCAGAGGCAGUUCCGACAGGCUAACGGAAGUGCUAAAAGAGUGGGAGGGGAUCAUAAAACGACUUCCCCUACUAUACCCAUCUCUAAAAUCCCUGCUUUUUAUCCUAGCUCUACUAAAGGCAGCUCCCAGUCCACACAGAAUUCAGAUGCUACUAACCCCAUUAACCCUUCUUCCUCUUCCUCCUUUGUGACAAAGUCCUCCAUUCUGUCCUCUCACCCACCUCGUUCCAGCUCCCUACCUUCCACCCAUAUCCCCUCCCUGUCUAACGGAUCCCUCAAACUUCCCACACCCUCACAGCACACAGGUAAAGCUCUCUCGUUUUCCUCGCAGAAUGGUCGAGUCCACUCCUCCUCCUCUUCAUUCUCCUCCUCCUCCUCCUCAUCCUCUUCCCCCUCCCCUCUGUCGCCCACACCUUUGGGCCCAGGUGGAAAGAGCAUCCGCACCAUACACACCCCCAGCUUCACCAGCUACAGGUCCCACAACGGCAGCAGCGGCAAAUCCUCCAUCCCAACAGCCACAGCAGCUAAGGACACUACUUAGCCCCAUUAUCACCCCUCUGGCUUUUACAGCAUAGCAGGUAGACCUGAUCAUAUUUUAUAUUGGUUUUGGAUUGUUGUUCAUUUUCUUUUUAUUAAAGUUUUUUUUUGUAAAAGUAUUAAGUGAUGCACUCAAAUCAUGUUUUUCCUUUGACACUGGCAUUCACACACUGCUACUUUUAUCUUCAUUUUCACAUUUUGGAUCAUGCUUACUUGGAUAUCGAUUCUCUCUUGAAGGCGUUCCAGACGACAGAAUAUUUUGUAAUGUAACUAUAAACGAUUUAGUGUUGCCACUUUGUAGCUGAAGUGGAAGGCUUUCAUGGUGUUCAAAAAUGUAUUUUCUUGCUGUAGCUAUGAGUAGGGAAUAGAGAGUUGAUGUACAAUCACAAAAUAUCAUGUAAAAAAAAUUGUGUUAUAUUUUUUUGAAACAAGAGAUUGAAUAACCGUAGUAUAUUUAAUCUUCUAUAUUUCCUAUGUUGCCGGACAUUCGACGCUGCCCUUGUAAAUGCCUUUUUCUGAAUGUAUACACGAUGUAUACAGACAUUUUAAACUCAUUAGUAACUUUAGUUUUUUAAGAGUAUUUUCUCAUGUUUCCACCCAUUUGAACUGCCGGUUUAUUUUACUGAUUUACAACAGGUAUACUAAAUAAUAAAAGUUUUCAUUUUAUUGUGCCUAUUUGCCAAAGUUGUUGUAUAAUGACUCACUUCAAGCCUAACUCAGUCAUGUUUUAGGGGAAUUUACAUGCAAUCUUGUGGGUGGCUGAAGUGUUGACCUCAGUGUUUGCACUGCUGGUCUCGGUUUGUUAAGUUAACAUGUAUUGUUGUUUAAAUGUACUUAAGUCAAAGUGAUAAACCUGUUCUACCACGUGUACAUAAAAGCUUCUACUAAGAAAAAAAGUAGUUUUGUUAACAUACCAAAGUUUAUUUGUAUGCAUGCCUUUCGAUUACUUUAGGAGAGUGGUGUAAAAGACGACGUUUGCACAGAUAGAUUUUGUAAAUAUUUGAUUUUCUCUCAUUUUUUUUGUAAAGCUUUAAAUCAUGCUAUAAAGAAACUAUGUAAUAAAGACAAAAGUGUGUUGGAGUAGCAAAAAAUAAAGACUUGCAUGCUUGUAGUGCAUCAGG